AUGGACGAAGACGAAGAUGACAAUGAUAAUGAUGCUGGUGCUGCUGAGGUAGAGGGAGAGGAGACGGACAAUGCACAAGCAGUGACGGAGAGCCAAGGUCAUACGCUGGAAGCAAAGCAAGAGGCCACAGUUGAUUCAGGAAACUACAAGGACGGAAACUUUACAGAAGCAACCGAGAAGAACAAGUCUGAUGUGAAAUCAAGUACUUCGAACAUGGAUGGUCCGAAUCAAAGCUCCAAUUUUGAUUUAGAAGGUGGACACUCCGGUGCUCAGCAAUCAGCAGAUGGAAAGCGAAUGGCGCUGCAGGGUGGCAAUCUGCAAAAUUCCGAUCGCAGUCAGGAAAAAGGAGAUCAGCAAAUGGCUGCCCUCCAGCUUGCAAGAAACAGUGGAAGUCCAACGGCCAGCCAUAAGUGGGCCCAUCUCGCUGGAGCCCCGAUCCCGGCCAACGCCUCCUCUCCCGAGAGCGCAAGAGCCGGGUGGACCUCGUUGAAAUAUGCUGCUCUUGCUACUCCCCCGAUCCCUGCGGGAAAGCGACCUUCGUCACAAUCGAACGCACCUGUGACUGUCAGCAAGCCUGCUGAGAUUAGCGGCACAGAAGGGGAUUUGAGCCAAGGAGGAUUGCAGAACAAUGUCUCGAAUACAUUGAAGGGGAAUGAGAGUGCGAGAAAUGCAAAUGCGAACUCGAAGGCCAUCGACGCUUCUGAGGCUGAGCAGCAAAACAUCUCAAAUGCCAACGUGCCUUCAUCUCAAGGGGGAGGCGCAAAGUCAAGUUCCGAGAGCUCGUUUGCCCUCAAAGAUAUUUCUGUCGAGCAGAACCCACCUCAUACCAAGUCAGAUGCCCAGAAAGAAGAGAGCGGAAAGUCCGAGGAAUAUACAACGCGCAUGCUCGCAAGCUCCCAGGAGCUGAAGGGAGGAAAGUUUGGGCUAAGACGACGUGACUCGGCAGAGGAAGGCUUCGGAGGCGGAAGGGCGAUGAUCUGCAGCGCAUCGGACGCGCUGAUUCAAGGAGUGACGCCCAGUCUCGCCAAGGAUAGCGGUAUCACGGCUCUUGUUGAGGCGGUGGACUCCUCGGAGGCGGAACCAGUCAAUCCCCUGGCAGCGAUCGAUGGUGCCGAGCUCCACUGCCUGGUGUACAAGACCAAGGAUGCUUCUGACAUUGACCUCGGAGUUGAGGGAGACGCCAAGGGAGUGUCUCGCCGUCAAGCUUACAUCCGGAAGGACAGCAAAGGCUGGUGGCUCGACAACGUUGGACCCAUCUCGCACGCCCUUCUGUACUGA